AUGACGUGCCCGGAGGAGAGCUACACCUCGGUGCUCGUCACGCGCUACUGCCGCUCGUCGCCGCUGCUCAAGACGUUCUCCGAGAAGAACAAGACGAUCCUCUGGCGCCAACUGUGGAUUUGGCUGGCCGAGGCGGAGCUGGAGCUCGGGUUGAAGCAGAUCACCCAAGAAGCCGUCGACGAACUGAAGGCCAACCGCGACAACAUCGACUGGCCGCUGUUGCGCGCCGAAGAAAGGCGGCUGAAGCACGACGUGAUGGCGCACAACCACACGUACGGAAAGGCGGCAAAUCGGCACGAUGCCUUCUUCGUCGUUUUCCUAUCAAAUGAGGAAAGGGCGUUUUCGAUAUUCGAACAGAAAGCUUGCCGAGAAGAUCGUGACUACGUGAUUUGGGACUACCACGUGAUUCUCGUUGAGAAGGUCGACGGCGCGUCCAAGGUCUACGAUCUUGACACAAGGCUCGACUUCCCGUGCCCAUUUACCGAAUAUUGCGAAGAAUCAUUCCCCAGCGAGUGGAAAUUCCCGCCGGAAUGCGCCCGAAAGUUCCGCAUCCUCCCGGUGGCUGUCUACUUGGAGCACUUUUCCAGCGAUCGGCGGCACAUGCGCAAAGCCGACAACACGUGGAACUCGCCGCCGCCGAGCUGGGAGCCCAACUUCCGCGUUGAGCUUGGUGAGCUU